GCGACUGUUCGACGAAGUAGGCGUCCGUCCCGUCGCUUGCUUGUUUUCAUAAGGACGAGUAGUAUGUCGUUAACCAGUGAAUAAACCCGAGAAAAAGACGAGUGUAUUAGCAAAUUUGUGAAAAUCCCGUUGUGUCAGAUCAGUGUCGUACACGUGGCCAAGGAAUCAAUAAAAUUACCGUGCGGAAAAGAAAGUGUUUUUAUUUGCAUUUAUGUAGCACAAGUGAUGGCUGGUAGGUGACGGUGGACGGGACAAUGCUUAUUAAAAAAAUAUGGGGGACUAUCACCGGCUAAUAAUCGCCGGUAAUGUAAGAUGGACUGUGCUGCUCGUGUUGUUCGUCGCAGCUUCGGCACAUACCAGGCACGGAGAUGGGGUCAUAUCACAAAGAGCUCCCUCUGGAUGCGACUAUCUCAAAAACAACGUUCUACACUGUUCCAACAGAUCUGCAGAUCUAUCGUUACCGGUCGGAGUCUCACACCUCGAAUUAGAAAACGUACGAGGUGGACCUUUAGACGUAAAAAAUGUUCAUCACUUGCGGUGGAUCCGCAGUGGCAUUUCCGACAUCAAUGAAGCCAUCGCUAACCCACAGUCACUGAGGACGGUAGAUUUUUCCUUUAACAACGUAACUGUUCUACAAGACCGUCAGUUCCACAAUUACACCAAUCUAACUCUACUGAAUAUGUCUUAUAAUGCAAUCAACGAUCUUCCAAGGGAUGUUUUCAAUAAUAAUCAGAAUUUACGAAAAUUAUGCUUGGGACACAACUCCCUGAAAGCCAUACCGUUCCAAGUGUUCGCCCCCAUGGGCUACUUAUACGAACUAGACCUAUCACACAAUUUUUUGGUAACGUUCUUAGACCAUUUCUUUAAAUUCAACAAAAACAUCGAAGUUUUGUUACUCAACAACAACAAUGUUACGAAACUCACCUCGAACGCCCUCGCAGAUUUAACUGAUCUCGAAAAUCUUGAUUUGUCUUUCAAUUCGUUACGCUUUCUCGCGAAGGGUUUGUUUGACUCUUUGACUAAUCUGCAGUACUUAAACCUAGCCAACAAUCCUUUGAUUAAUAUGGCUAGCGGAACCUUCAGGGGUCUAAAUAAUUUGAGGGUGUUGAAUCUGAGCGGAAAUAGACUCACACAUCUGUCUUUCGGUUUACUGCAUUUCAGCCCGUCGCUGAUCUCUUUAACUCUAGACAACACCACGAUCGAAGUAAUCCACAACACCGAACUUCUUGGAGUACCUAACCUGGAGGUUCUUAACAUCAGAAGAAACAGACUGCUUAAGGAGAUCGAAACCUACGUUCUUGCCGACACGCCAGCUUUGAGGGAGCUGGACAUCAGCGGAAAUGCUCUAUCUUUCCUACCUCAAUCCAUUGCCAAUUUAACACAUUUAAAAAAACUGAAUAUAUCCGAUAAUCCAUGGGCAUGCGAUUGUCGUAUGUUCUGGUUCGCUUCGUGGGCCGAGAGCAAGAAACACUCCAAUCUGACGAUGUCACAGUUGAGUUGUGGUCCCGAUGCCUACCCUGGGGAUAUGUUGCCCACGUUACAACAUUUGAAUUGUACUAAACCUAGAAUAGUGUACAAAACGCCUACAAAGCUCUACCGGCUAAAAUCCGAUGCUUUGCUAGAGUGCAGAUACGCCGCCAAUCCACCACCUUCCAUAACGUGGGUGACGCCUAGACGAGAGGUGUUCCACUGGAACCCGGACCUCAGCAUUCCCGAUAUUUUUAACAAGCACCCAUUGGCCCACGACGAAAAUAUGACUCCUAUGAGGGUAAUUCCACCACGGAUCCAGGUUCUGGACAACGGAACGUUAUGGGUUAAAAACGUGACGAGGGCGGACUGUGGCAGGUACACGUGUUACGCCAGCAAUCCCAUUGCCAACCUGACGGAAAACGUUCUGCUUCAUAUAGAUCCCACGGACUGGAAUCAAAUCAGGAUCAUUAGUCUCAUUGUGGGCACGCAGAGUGCAGCUGGCUUCUUAGGACUGACGCUUUUUGUACAGUUCCUCCGUUACAUAUUUAACAAAUUUGGAUUGCUGAACAACUUUUGCAGUUUUUGUAAGCGAGAUCGCGUCUCGCCUAGGGCUCGCCAGAUUUACGCCAUGCUGGAUAACAUCGAACAGUACAAGAGCCAGCAGUUGGAAAAGCUGAGAGAGAAUUACACGCAACAGGUGCACAGGAUAAGGGACAAUUGUGCCCAACAAAUGGAAUGGAUACAAAACAGUUACCAGUCCCAGGCGAAACAUCUUAAAGAUUUUAGAGACAUAGGGACGCAGCACUUGACCACUCUAAGAGGACAAUAUUGUGAUCAGGUGAAAAAAGUGCGCGACUACUCCACGACGCAAUUGAAUUGGGUGCGCGAGAACUACGUUUUCCAACGCAACAAAAUAAGGAAAUUCAGUGCCCACAAGGUGUUGCAGCUAAGAGAGACUUACAAAUAUCAGCAACAGACUCUGAAUAAAGUGCUAGAAAACCUGCCGAGUCUGUACUUCGAGAACUGUCGAGCUGGCACGUGCGGAAGAGCUGAAUCCCUCGUGUUCGAUCCCCACGACAUCGAGAGCAUCGAUUGCUACAUCAAGUCCAAGAUUGAAAAUCUAGCUAAUCUGGAUACGAGUACCGACGUCACCCAGAGCAAGCUGUCCUUGUACUACACUCCGUCGGAAAGGUCCUUGACCGACCAGAAACCAAGUACGGAUCCCUUGGCUGGCAUCCACAUCAACUACAUCGAGGACACACCAAGGAUGCUGAUGCUCGAGGGACCAUCGACUUCGAAACAUACCAUGCUCUACAUGGAUUGGCCGGCAGAGAGCACCAAAUCGGCGCGUAGCACCGACGACCUCUUGCAGAUGGAAAGAAGAGAAUCAAGCGUGGUGGAAAUCCAGCCCAGUGCAACCUCGCCAAAUCUUCCAGAGCCGACAAAAGUGGAAAUAAACCACGAGACUUCACUGUAAAUUUUUUAAUAUGAAACUGCUGUGAUAAUGUGAGUAUGCUGUCACGGUGUAGGAUCUGCUCCACUAGUGCCAAUUUAGCAGCGACAAGAAGUAAUAAAUUGAUUUUUUUUUUCUCAACUCAACUAAAACAAAUGCCAAAAAGACUUUAUUUGAAGUGCUACUUCAUUUUUAUUAUGAGAAAGUGUAAAUGAAUUAGUUAUAAAAAAAAAUGGAAGAUUGAUGUAGAUCCUAGUCAUUCUAAAUGUUAAAAGACUGUAGAACUAUAAAUUGUAUUCUCACAUCCUAUAUCGUUGCUACACUUCAUUUGAUAACAGGCGGGGUAUGUGAAUUAUGAUUAGUUUAGUAAUAAAAAAAUUGCAACUAAAGUUUAGCAACUAGUUUUGUCUUUAUUUAUCAAAAAAAAAACUUGAUGUAUAAAUCAGAUCCUUCAUUCGUCUUCUAAUGAUAUGUCAAAUUAUUUCAUUUCAAUUCAUAGAUAAUCAUUUUCUACACUGUUGUCAAAGACUUUUGGAGUUGAAUGAAAAUGUUUUCUAAACAAACUUCCAAGCAUACCGUGAACGUCAUUUACGUAAAUUAGAAUUUUUAAUAUUGGUUGCUCUUUUGCACCUUUACUUGUAUAGAAAUAAAUAAAUUAGAAUUGAUUAAAUAGUUCAAAUAGAACUUUGAAAUAAUUGCAAACAUGUAGUGCAUAAAGUGAUUUUAUCUAUUUUAUAACUCGCUACCAGCGAUACCACAGCAGACGAAGACGGCUAUAAAACCAAUCAUCUUUCAGAUUUUUUUUUUCAAUUUUAAACGAACAGGUUCAUUUUCAAAUGAAUAUAGAUAAGUUUUAUCUGUUCCAAUAUUUUUGAAAAAGAGAUUGGUACUCAAACGUAUAUUGUAUAAAUUGCUAUCCUAUUAAACGAAUCAAACAAAAACAAUCGCCGUUUAUUUUUAUAAGAAAUGUAAACACAAAUCUAAAUAUUUUUCUUGUAAACGUUACAUUAAAUAAAUCUGAAGUACCACUUAUUUCUCUUUUUAAAAGCUUUUUAUUUUUGCAAUCGGUUCCAAGCAAAAUAGCGUUACAAAUGAAUAGUUAUUUGUAUAAAAAAUGCCAUUAAUAACGAAAGGAUUAAUGGUUCUACGUGUAUUUAUAAUCCACCACGCGUUUUAAAUUAUCGCGGAUAUUUAACAGUUUAGCAAAUAUUUUCUCGUGCAGUGUCGAAAACGGGAACUGAAUGCUUUAUUACUUUCGCGUCAGAAUUUCUAAAACAUAAAAGAGUUUAAUUUACUGUUACUUUAUUUCGUAACAUGCUAUUUAUGAAAGUCAUUAUUUUACGCCGAAAUUACUUCAUUGUCAAUUAAUAUGAAUAUAAUAUAUCAAACUUAAUACGUUACAACUCCUAUGCAAUAAAUGAUUUAAAUUUAAUCUAAUAGAAAUAGUGAUUAUGUUAAUAGCAAUACCGCAGCAAAGAGGAACGAAUAAAUAUCGAUCUAGCACUACGUAUCUGUUAAUUACAUUAAAGCUUAUUUUCAGCGUAUAAAAUUAGCAGCAGGCUUCUUGUUGCAAUUUUUUAAAGUGAUAUUUGAUUGACACUAUCUCGCCAGUAGAAAAGUGUUUCGCAAAUGUAAACGAGCCGUUUCCUCUCAAAUGAUCACAAUAAACAAACAAGAAUAACGAAGGAAAACUACUCCAAAUAAUGCAUUCAUCUUCGUUAUUGCUUAAUUUUUUUAGAUAGUGCAAGGGUGAACAAAAUUCAGUAAUUCAAGUUAGCCAACUUUCCCGUACGUCAUAAAGAAGAUUAUUUAGUGUUUAGGUUUUUCAAAUUAAACUAUUUUUGCUAUGACAUCAGACCACAUAUUUCAUUUUAAUCAGAAAUAUUAGUUAAUAAUCGAAAAAAAAAACUGAAAAUACUACUUUACUAAUUAAACUUGUUUAUUCAAGGCCAUUGUAUAAGUUCUUUUAUAGCCGAUUUCAUUUCUAAACUAAAGAACACAUAAAAAAAACAAAUAUUGUGCGAGUACCCACAUGCAUUUUUGUUUAUAUUCAGUUUUAUACUGUCCUUUAUUGUUGAACACAUAAAUAUAGAAUUUUAAAUCCACUGAUCACUUGAAGUGAAACAGCUCGGAUUUUUCAUAAUUCUGUUAAAUAUUAAAGUUCAAUGCUUCCUUAUAUAUUGAAUUACUACCAUAACGGUAGUUUAAUUCAAGUUCAUUAGGUUGACAUAUAAAUUGAAUUAUGGAUUAUAGCACGUAGGAUAUAAGUUUGCAAUGGGAGAUAUUAAUGUAUAUACAUAUACACUGUGUCCAAAAUAAGUUUAUGCUGUUAUAAGUAGUGGAAUCAACGCGGUUAUUAAGCAUAAAUUUAUAUUAAUAAAAAUAUAUCUUUAAUUUUAUCAUGCGUAUUUGCCUAGGUCUAUUUUUAUUCAAUUAGAAGUUAAAAGUUCUUAAACUAUUUAAACGUAAUUUAUAAAACGAUAGCGUCAUUUACUCAUAUUUGUAUUUUUGUUUUCAAACCAUUCUCAUUUUGGACAUUUUGUUUAUUUUACGCAUCUUACGAAUCUGUCAGUGUUGUGCAUCAUUUAACAGCUAGAUAGUUUUUAAACUGGCAAGGGGAUAGGGAUAUUUUUGUGGAAGGGUAGUCAAUGUAUGUAAAAUAAAUUAAAAUGUAAUAUUUUUGGUAUGAAUAACAACCAACUGUUGUUUUGUGCAUUAUUGUGAUUUUCUUUCUAAUGUUAUAGGCUGCUGCCCAACAAACAAACUGUAAGAUUGAUUUUUAUUAAAUAAAUAAUUAUAUUAUUU